CUCUAGACUACAAGUCCCAGCACUCCUCGCGCCGCGCACGUGUGCAAGGCUCUGGUUGAACCUCCUCUAUUAUGCUACUGGGCUGAGGGAUAAUAAGCAGCGGAGGGUCCGUACCUUACGGGAGCCGCUACGGGAAACCCUACGUAUUGUCAGCAACUGCUAGCUCACCAGAAGUGUUUCCACUUUAUGUACCAUGGCAACAGAAGAGAAGAAACCAGAAACAGAGGCAUCUAAAACUCAGACUGCCCCAUCAUCCUCCUCAAACCCAAGCAAGCCUUCACCAGUAAAACCGAAUUAUGCUUUAAAGUUUACGCUCGCUGGACACACCAAGGCAGUAUCCUCAGUUAAAUUUAGCCCAAACGGGGAGUGGCUUGCCAGUUCAUCUGCUGACAAAUUAAUUAAAAUAUGGGGUGCAUACGACGGCAAAUUUGAGAAGACGAUAACUGGACACAAAUUGGGAAUAUCAGAUGUUGCGUGGUCCUCUGAUUCCAAUCUCCUGGUUUCUGCGUCUGAUGAUAAGACACUAAAAAUCUGGGACGUGAGUUCGGGAAAAUGUUUGAAGACCUUGAAAGGGCACAGUAAUUACGUAUUCUGCUGUAACUUCAACCCACAGUCCAAUCUGAUUGUUUCUGGAUCAUUUGAUGAGAGUGUCAGAAUAUGGGACGUGAAGACUGGGAAAUGCCUCAAGACAUUACCGGCUCAUUCUGAUCCUGUCUCUGCUGUGCAUUUCAAUCGUGACGGUUCCCUCAUUGUAUCCAGUAGCUAUGACGGUCUGUGUCGAAUCUGGGAUACAGCAUCGGGGCAGUGUUUAAAAACGCUUAUUGAUGAUGAUAAUCCUCCAGUAUCGUUCGUUAAAUUUUCCCCGAAUGGCAAAUAUAUCCUAGCAGCAACAUUAGACAAGGGUCUCAAAGUACCAGUCCGGACCCAUAUGCAGCCCUCAUCAUGUCUGUCAUCUGGCCCUCCCUUGUUUAAUAGCACACUUAAGUUAUGGGACUACAGCAAAGGGAAGUGCCUGAAAACCUACACAAGCCACAAAAAUGAAAAGUAUUGCAUAUUUGCAAAUUUCUCCGUUACCGGUGGAAAGUGGAUUGUUUCAGGCUCAGAAGAUAACUUUGUUUACAUCUGGAAUCUACAAACGAAGGAGAUUGUCCAGAAGUUACAGGGACAUACAGAUGUCGUAAUUUCAACAGCCUGUCACCCAACAGAAAAUAUAAUUGCCUCUGCAGCUCUAGAAAAUGACAAGACCAUCAAAUUGUGGAAGAGCGACUGCUAGGAGCUAUGCCAGCCUAUUUGUAGACUGUAUGGGCACGAGAACAUUCAUCCCCCUCCCCUAUACUGCACAGCAGAAAAAAAGAACAUAAUUUUUAUUUUUUUUUGUUUCCUGCGCAAAGGAACUUUUAUCCAAUCUGAAUUUUAUCUAAUUAUUGUAGAUCACAAACCUAAAAUGUAAAAAAAAAAAAACACAAAAACAAAACCUCAAUAUUUUUCAUAAGAGCUGCAAUAAAGCUCACUUGUUUUUUGUUUUGGUUUUUUGGUUUUUUUAUUUUUCUUCCCGUGGUUUCGUUGUUGCAAACAUUUUUCAAGGUUUGAAGGAAACAUUUAAAUGUAGUUUGCUCCUCUUCAGUAAAUGAAUUUCUUUAUCCAAAGAACUUGACAUUUAAUGUCUUAAUGCGACAGUAGAAGAUGUGCCGCAGACGUUAUGUUUUUCCUCCAUGUCAAGGGUGCUACAGAUUCUGUAGAAUGUCUUCUAACUUGUAGUUCAUUUCAACUUCUUUCUGUCCAAAUCUAUCCCAUUGUACUCAUCUUGUGACCAAAUCAGUCAGCUGGGAGAAUCGGCUAUCAAAAUUGUUCAUAUCGCUUUAAUAUUACUAAACAAAGAAAAUGGAGACCUUUUUAAGUUCUGCCGUUGUAUAGUUGCGUAUGUUUACUUGCUAAAUGUGUUAAGUAGAUUGCUGUUCGAGCUCUGUUUUUAAUAGUCUUUAUUCCCUCUACUUAAGGCACCUAACGUGGAGUUCAUUGUCAACGGCACACGUAACCAGUACCGUAUCAACGACAUCUUUUUGCUGUUAUGUUGUUGGAAGGGGUUAAAAUUUUCAGCUUUAUCUUUGUUUAGCUAAUUUUCUUUAUUUGGGGGGGGGGGUAGCCAGUUUUGUGAAGUUUGCAGCUCAUUGUAAAGUUAUUUCAAUGUUUAAAAAAGAAAAGCAACCACAGGUUUUGUAUUUUUGAAAUACAUAGUAUUGUAUUGCUUAUGGCAUGAGUCUGUAUUUCCGUCAGAAUUUUUUAUAUAUAUUUUUGUCAUAUUUAGUGUUUUUUUUCCAUAACAUCCAGAACCAUAAGCUGUAAUAAAGAUAAGGUGGGUUUUUACAUGA